AUGGGUUGUAUCUGCAAUUGCUUCGUAGGGUUGCUGAACAGCGUAUUGCUAACAGUAGGCAUAGGUUUCGUCAUAUCUGGUGCUUACCUCAACAUCAAUGGUAACAGCGAUUGCGAGAAAGUUUUAACCACCCCGUUAAUUGUGAUGGGUGGUCUUUUGCUCAUCCUUUCCCUUAUAGGAAUAAUGGGAACCUCAUGCAGCAGCACCUUCUGCAUGUACAUUUAUUUGACCCUCAUGUUCCUUUUGAUACUCGGUGUCAUCGCUUUCACCAUCUUCGUUUUCAUGAUCACCAACCAAGCCGUCGGGAAAACCAUCGCCGAUAGCGAGAAAGUCAUUGAACCCAAAAACCCCAUGGAUUUUUCCAAUUGGUUGGCAAAAAAAGUCAAUAAGGAGAAUAACUGGAAAAAGAUCAAGAGUUGUCUCAUUGAUGCCAGGCUUUGUACCACCGACGAAUAUAAACUUGAAUUUAACUUCUUGGUGUUAGUGGAUCAGGUCCCUGACAUCGAGGUUUAUAACAAGAGCCUCCCUGCAUUACAGGAAGCGUGUUGUAAGCCGCCGGAUGUGUGUGGGUUUACACAGAAGAACAAGUCAGUGUGGGAAGUGCCGAAAUCGGGACCGUCGUCGAAAAACAAGGACUGUAAGAAAUGGAGCAAUGAUGGGGAUAAGAUGUGCUUUGAGUGCGAUUCAUGCAAAGUUGGGGUGGUUGAAAACCUAAAGAGGGAAUGGAAGGCUUUGGCGUUAAUCAAUAUCUGUCUCUUAGCUUUCUUAAUUCUCAUUUACAUGCUCGGUUGUUGUGCUUUUUGUUGCUAA